AUGGCAGACAACGUGUCAAAUCGGUCAAGGGACUCAUGCCUCUCGCUACUCUCGGUCUUCCAGCAGAUCGUCUACGGCGGCUGCUGCUGCUAUCGCCAAGCUAGGGCCGAAGCAGCCAAAACACGUUUAGCUUUCAUCGACAAGGAGCUAAAAAUAAGGAUGGAGUUGGAGAAACUACAGAUUGAAAAGGAGACGGCUGCUGCCGUAGCUGAAGCAGAAGUUCUUAGGGAGGCUGCCGACGAGCUAAAAAGAACGGCCAGGAGCCCAGACAGACCUACCCAAACAACCCCACCUAUUAUCAGCUAUCACUCCCCUAACUCACGUGUCGAAGACACCGAACCUCCUAACGACCGGUACCCCACCAACACCAGGGACGCCUCCCAGUCUCAAUAUACCUCAGACCUUGUGAGGUACUUCACCCGGCGGGAACUCAUCACUACUGGACUGCCACCUUUUAACGAUAGACCUGAAGACUACAGAGCAUGGAAGCGGUCUUUCCAGAGUGCCAUCAGACACCUCGGUCUCACAUACAGCGAGGAAAUGGACCUCCUCGUAAAAUGGCUUGGUAAAGAGUCAGGGGAACAUGCAAGGAGGCUAAGGUCAGCCCACCUGAACCACCCAGAAAGAGGGCUCAUGAGAAUAUGGGCCCGACUCGAGGAGUGUUACGGGGCUCCUGAAAUGAUAGAGGAUGCUCUCUUCAAACGAGUAGACGACUUCCCCAGACUGUCAAACAACGAUUUUCCUAGACUUAGGGAACUCAGCGAUUUAGCUACCGAACUCUUGUCAGCCAGGGAAGAUGGAAACCUUCCUGGCCUCGCCUACCUGGACACUGCUCGAGGGCUCCGCCCCUUUAUAACCAAACUACCAUCCUCACUUCAGGACAGAUGGCUGUCUGUUGGUUCCGAAUAUAAGGAGCGGCACCAAGUUACGUUCCCUCCUUUUAAGUUUUCAACACCACGCGUCGGCAAAACAAAGAUGACAACGACCCCACCCAAUAUUGCCCAUUACAAAAAAAAAAAAAAAUUCCACUCACUGUUGAAAUGCCGCGCCUUUCGAGAGAAACUCUUGAAAGAGCGUGAGACUUUUAUAAGAAACAAUGGCAUCUGUUUCAAAUGUUGCUCCUCCACAGCACACAUAGCGAAAUUCUGCAGAAUGAAUAUUACAUGCAAUGAGUGUAACAGUGAAGAACACAACACUGCUCUCCAUCCAGGACCACCACCUUGGCCCAUCAGCAUAAGAUCCGCUGCAGAGAACGGCGGGGAGGAUAACCCCCCUAUGGCUACUGGAGUGGUUUCGCAGUGCACACAAGUUUGCGGUGGUGACCUCUCAGAAAAGUCGUGCUCCAAGAUAUGCCUCGUCAAUGUUUACCCUGCAGACCAACCAGACAAAACAGUGAGGAUGUACGCCAUCAUCGAUGAACAAAGCAACCGGUCUUUGGUACGCUCAGACUUUUUUGACACAUUUAAAAAUGAUGGGCCCAGUUUCCCCUAUUCCCUUAAAACUUGUGCCGGAGUUAUACAAACCAUGGGAAGAAGAGCGUCAGGCUUCCAGGUGGAAUCCUUAGACGGGAAAAACAGCCUUCCACUUCCAAGUCUCGUCGAAUGCGACAAAAUACCCAACGACAGGUCCGGCAUCCCAACUCCUGAGGCAGCCCUCCACCACCCACAUCUGAGAAAAAUAGCACACCUCAUCCCCACCGUGGAGCCUAAAACUCCUAUAAUGCUCCUUCUGGGGCAUCUCCCCGACGUCGUCUCCCCUUAUAACAGGAAACUGGCAGAGAGUCGACUUUCUUCACCGAGACGUAGCCUCGAUAAGAAACCUGCGAUACAAAGACCCUUUACACGUAGGGGCGUUUUAUCGACCCUCAACAGUCUGUAUGACCCCUUGGGAUUUGCUGCCCCCGUCACCAUUCAAGGAAAAGACUCCUUGGAAGCGCUAAACGAGGUCCGAAUCCCUAGGGCCUUCACAAACAUACCACUCUCAAAAGCAGUACAUAAAGAGCUGCACAUCUUUUCCGAUGCAUCGACCAAAGCCAUCGCUGCAGUGGCCUAUCUCAAGGUCACCGACGAUAAAGGAAACAACCAAAUUGGCUUCAUCACGGGGAAAGCGAAACUUGCCCCACGACCCGAACAUUCAGUUCCCAGACUGGAGCUCUGUGUCGCCCUCCUGGUAACCGAACUGAGCGAACUAAACACCUCCUCAGACCCGUUGCCAGGAUUGUCCUUCUCUGUGACGAGAACUAGCACAUUCCUUGACGUCCAAGACGUCAGGCGGGGAGUGUUCUGUUCUGUGUACAACAGACCUACUAGCACCCAUCUCCCUUUAUCGGCCCCUUUGCUUGGGGUCUUCUUUCUGACCCUACACCGGUUGAAGGUUCCCGGUGCUCAGCCUCUAUCUAGUUUAGCUGCCCCCAGCACGGCCACAUGGCAUGCCCCCAGCUUGGCCGCAUGGCAUAGUUUUCAUCCUUUAAAUAUCUCGUCAUUCUUGGACAUCUCCGCUUCCAGCACUCCUGCAGCUUCCAGCUCUCUCCUGCAGCCUUCAGCUCACUCCUGCAGCUUCCAGCACUCCUGCAGCUUCCAGCUCUCUCCUGCAGCUUCCGGCACUCCUGCAGCUUCCAGCACUCCUGCAGCUUCCAGCUCGCUCCUGCAGCCUUCAGCUCACUCUUACGGCUUCCAGCACUCCUACCGCUUCCAGCUCACUCCUGCAGUUUACAGCUCACCCCUGCGGCGCUUUACUGACGUCCCGCGUCCUAUUCCAGCACCCGCUGACGACCUUAUCCAGUGCCCACUGACGUCUAGCGCCCGUUAUCGUCCGGACACCGUUCAAACGACCUCUGUCCUUUUUACCAUCCACCGUUUGCAAAUAAAGACACGAUUUCCAUCGUCUACAACGGACCAUCUGCGUUUGUCAUCCUUCUUUGCUAUUGCCAUCUCCUUGCCCUUGUGUCCCCUUUUUAGUUGUACGGUCGAUUGGCACUCACACCUCUCGGCCCGCUGCAACAAAUGUUUUCAUAUCUGUAUGUUUCCUCCCACGGUGAAAUUUAUGUUUUCUUGUUACAAAAAUGACUUUUCUAUCUAUCUAUCUAUCUUUCUUUCUUUCUAUCUAUCUAUCUAUCUAUCUAUCUAUCUCUUUUAA